AUGUCUGCACCAUCGAAGUUGGCUCAGCGCUCAGACAUCAUCUCUGAGUUCGAAAGGGUGCAUUACUGGCAUGGCAUCUCCGUCGACCCUCCUGAUCUUCUUUACCGCUCUGAUCUUGAGUCAAACCCCUUCCCGGUCCCUAGCCCUGGAACUAGGUGGUUUGCGCUUCCCAUCAAGACCGCUGAAGGAGUCUUCAACACACCGCUCAACCCAGUGUGGCAUACAGUUGCUCCUCUAAUCGUAGAUCUCUUCAAGAGCCGCAGCAUCAAGUACUCUGCCCUCAAGACUGCUCGUUUCACUACUGAGCAUGAGGAUGGGACAAAGACUCUGGGCCCCAUCGUCAUCUGGGUGGCCAGUCAUCCCGGCACCACCACAGCUGAGAAUGCCCGUGAUGUCUCACCUGACAUCCUCCACAUUCUCGAGGACAAUGGGGUCGAGGGUGUCGUUGUUGAGUGGUACGAAGGUUCUGUGGAGAAGCUGGCUGGCCCACCCCUUAUGCUUGUCACCAAUGAGGCCAACCCAACCCGCUUUGUCCGUCGCACAUUCACAGCUGCUCUCGGAAUGCCUAUUGCCAAUCAGGAUAACGAUGUACAGGGUAGUGCCUCUUUCUUCUUCCACGAGAACAACAAGGAUGGCGUGUCUAGCUCCAGAGUCCUCGCUGUCACCAACAAGCAUGUCCUCCACACAGAUACAACUGUUGACUACCAGUUCGGGGAAUGGGGCACCCCGCCAAUUAGAGCCUUGGUCACCAGGAAUGCUGAUGAAAUCGUCCGCUUCGCUGGUGAGGUUGCACGAUUGAAGGCAAAGCCCAGGAGUGCAAAGAAUGCGCAAGCAGAUGAUGAUGAUGAGGCAUUAGAGGCUAGCAAGGAGCAGCUAACGAAGUUGAAGAAGAACAAAAUCAAGCUUCAGGAAUUCUACGAGGAGGUUUAUACUAAGUGGAACGAUAUUGACCGCCGCACCAUUGGCUUUGUCGACUGGGCCCCCAAGAUCUCCAUCACCGUCGAUGAUCGUCAUUACACUCGAGACAUUGGCACGGUUGAGCUUGAUCCACAGAAGUUUGCAGAAAUUUUCCAAGCCAAUGUUGUUGACCUUGGUACCAAAUUUGCUCCGGAAGACCUCAACACGAUGUUCUGGCCUAACAAUGCUAAUCCAUCUGGGCUCAAGUUCCCCUCCGAUCGCCUGCUCAGGAUCCGCGGAGUUGUAACAAGAGAGCUCCUUGCUAACCCUGAAUGUUUUGACGAGAAUGGAAACCCCAUCUUUAUCGUUGGGAAGGACGGCAAUAGCACUGGCCUUACCGUGGGACGCUAUUCUGGACUCGAGGCUUAUCUCGGUAACGAGUUUGGCGAAGAUUCUAUCGAAAUCGCCAUUUAUAACUACAGCAACAUGUCUGGCAACUUUUCCGCGAAGGGUGACUCUGGCUCACUCAUCUUCACUGGCGAUGGUCGCAUGGUCGCUAUUCUCCAUUCUGGCACGCCCGAAGGCCAUGUUACCUAUGCCACUCCUGCUUGGUGGUUCAUUGAGCAACUCAAGAUCCAAUAUCCCCACGCUGAUUUCGACCGCACGAGCUUCUAG